AAAAUAUAUAUACAAAUUCCCAAAAUUUGCGGUCUCUAUCACUGUCUUCUGCUACUGUGUUCUAGUCUGCUCAAUUCCAUCUCUUUCAGAUUCUGCAUAUCCUUCCGUUUUGUUUUGUUAGAAGAUUUUAAUUUUUUUUCCCCAGUUGUGUUUGAUAGAAAAAUCAGUUAAUGGGAAAGAAAAAACAGGUUGAUGAUUCUAUAAUACCAAUCGACAUUGCCCCUUCAGAUCCUGGGUAUCUGAGGGCCUCCAGGAAGAAGAUAACAAAACAGGAAGCUCAAAGACUAAGAAGCCUUAAAUUAACUGCUCCAUGUUUUUUAGAUAAUAUUCCAUGUCGUGCACGAUCAAAGCGACGAGUUACGAGAAAGAAAUCAACAUCUAAACUAAAAAACAAGCUAGACUCUGGAUCAUUUGAGUGUUACUUGGAGACCCUGUGGAGCAGGUUGCCAGCAGAUAAGCGGGAUUUGUUUACGCGCUUAGAUUGUCAAUGGUUUGCAUGGUAUAGGAAAGCAUCUUAUAGAGAAAAGGUUCUAUCUUGGGUUAAGAGGAAAGAGAUAUUUUCGACGAAAUAUGUUCUCAUUCCGAUAGUUUGCUGGGGUCAUUGGAGCCUCUUAAUCUUCUGUCAUUUCGGUGAAAGUUUGCAAUCAAAAACCAGAACACCUUGUAUAUUGCUGUUGGAUUCAUUACAGAUGUCCGACCCGUUGCGUCUCGAAGCAGAUAUACGAAGGUUCAUGUUCGACAUUUAUAAAGCCGAAGGCAGGCCCGAGAAUAAGCGGAUGAUUUAUCAAGUUCCUCUUUUGGUCCCUAAGGUGCCACAACAAAGGAAUGGCAAAGAAUGUGGGAAUUUUGUUCUCUAUUUCAUAAAUUUGUUCGUCAAAAGUGCCCCGGAGAACUUCAACAUCAAUGACUACCCUUACUUUAUGAAAAAUGACUGGUUCAAUGCUGAAGCAGUGGAACGCUUUUGCGAGAGGCUACAUUUUGGCAUGUAAUUUUCAUUAGCUUAGUAGUAGUUUUACCAUAUUGAUCUAACAUUUUUAUAUGAACAUUUUUGUAGAUCAAUGCUGAAGCUGGUUGGUUCCCUUUAUAUAUAUAUUUUUAAAUUUUUAUAAUUUCUUGAAACUUUUUUAUAA